ACACGCACACCCCCCACAUAUAUGAUAAUUUCAUUCCAUACAUUCUUUCAUCAUUUCAUCACUUCCAUAGUCAUGGAAGAUCAUAACAUCCUCAGAAAAUAUUGCAGGUUCUCAAUCAUACUUAUAAUCAGUUUCUUGAUCUUGAAGAGUGCUAGGGCUGAAAAUUACUCAGUUGGUGAUGAGGAUGGGUGGAAUAGUGAGGUAGAUUAUGACAAAUGGUCUCAGAAAUACAAUUUCAACAUUGGUGACAUUCUAGAAUUCAAGUAUGUUAAGGAGAAUCAUAAUGUAUAUGAGGUAACACAAGCUGCAUAUAGUUCAUGUGAAACAAGCAAUGAAACAGUGCUGGCAAAGUAUGAUACUGGUGAUGACAAAGUGAACCUGACUGAAGUAAAGAAAUAUUGGUUCAUCUGCAAUGUUACUGGACACUGCCUUGGUGGGAUGAGGCUCAGCGUUGAUGUGAACCAAGCACCCUCUGAAGCACCAACAUCUCCUCUCCCACAGGUAUCAUCAUCAAAUUCUUGUAGGACUCAUGCCUUUGAAAGAUGGACUUUGGGAAUUUACCCUUUGGCUUGUGGAGUUCUGCUCAAAUUUUGAAGCAAAUGGAAAAUUUUUACUGUUCAA